CACCAAAUCCAUCCUUGACAUCUUUCACAAUAGGCAUUUUUCUAUUUUAUAUUUCUGUCAUUCCAGAAAUGGUGCAAUUGUGUAUAAUUUUUCAGAUUAUUUUACUUCUUUGUUCGAUAAAAACAGCUUCAACCACUUUCGAGAAAGAUGAGAAGAAGCGUGACACUUGUGUGGAUAAGGUGAACGCAAUAUCCAGUAAUAUAGCCGUAAAAGCAGCGCAGGAGGCUAAAGCAGCGGAAAAUGCGCAAGCUCCUGCAGGAGCAGCUGCGGCCCAUCAGAUCAAGGAGGAACUUGCUGAAAAAGCCAUUGAGGCUGCCAAAGCUGCUCAGGCUUCUCUAGCUGGCAAAAUCGCUUUCGUCGAAGAGCUGACACGUGAAAAAGAUGCUUUGAAAGUGGUCAUCUCAGAACUUAUGAAGAGCAAAUUAGAGUUAGAGAGAGCCAUAAAUGCAGAAUUGAAAGCUUUAUCGGAAGAAAAGGGCCUUGAAAAAGUUUUGACCACAGCACUUCACGUAGCAGAAAGUACGGCAUCUGAUGCGGAUCAUUCAUUGAAAGGUGUUAACGAUGAUUUGAUGGAAAAGGAGAAGGUUCUUCAAAGUGCCUUACAUAGAACACAGGUACUCACAAAAGAAGAACAAGUUGCAAGAGUUGACUUGGACAAUACCAAACUUGCUGCAAGGAAAGCAGUUCAGUCAGCCACCGAGGCGAAAGCAAAUGCAAUGAGGAAUAAGAGAAGGGCUAUGAAGAUUGAUCUCACCCUAUUGAAAUAAACAAAAGAUUGGACACGCAACUCCAGAUCUCCAGAGGAAAAUAUCUCACACAUCACAUAAGAUUACUCGAAGUUAUUUAGGACUAUUUUGUGUACAAAGUUUUUUAUUUUUUUUUCCAACAAUAAAAUUAUAUUUUAAA